AUGACAGUGGAAUUGCAAGAUUUACUUCUUGGAAUUACACAAGAUGAUAAUGGAAGCAUUGCAGAUAAAAUUAUGGAUUCAAUCUAUGUAUCAUACAAAGAAGCCAAACAAACUCUGAUUCGCAAUAUAUUAUUUGUAAAUCGAAUAAGAGAUGGAAAACUAACAGAAUUUACUGCAUUCCUAAUUCAAAAUAUUCCAGAUUUCAAAGAUGAGUUACUUUUUGACAUCUUUAAAUUUUCAACUUCUUAUUAUCUUACAUUAUUACCAGAUUUUCAUUUAGUAAGGAACUUAUUAGUUAUGAAUAUACUGAAUAUGAAUGAUACAAUUAAGAUAAUUCUGCAAUUUAUUCGCGAAAUUGAAGAUAAGCACAAACAACUGAGAAACAUUGUAUUUGCAAUAUUCGCAGAUCUAAUAGAAUCAACAGAUAAAGAAAAUUUUGAUUAUUUUAUGAAUGUUAUUAUGGAAGAAACAAUGACUUCAGAUCAUUUCAUGAAUUCUACACCAAAUGAUCCGCAAUCAGUAUUCAACCAAUGGAUCAAACAAUUUUAUACUAAAAAAACUUUUCAAGAACGUCAAGAAUUCCAAAUUUACAUGUUUAAUCAUGGUGGUCAUAAUAACGAUGCCAUUUCUGCUUUAAGAACAGAUAAUCUUGCAUUAUUACAAGAGCAAAUUGCAUCAGAUGAGAUAGAUAUUGAUGAAGUUGUGCCUUCUUCACUUUUCGAACAAUCUUAUUUUCUUAAAAAUGAACCGAGCUUAAUUCAAUAUGCCGCAUACUUUGGAUCAGUUUCUUGCUUUAAAUACCUUCUUAUGAAUGGAGCAGAUCUAUCCUAUGUUGAUUAUAAUAAUCAAACUUUGAUUAGUUAUGCGAUCGCAUCAGGAAACUUAGAGUUAAUUCGUCUCUGUGAACAGAAAGGAUUAGAUUUCAAGAACGCAUUAUCGGCUUCGGCUUAUUUUUGGAGAUUUGAUGUCUUUUCGUGGCUGAUCGAUAGCGGGAAGCUAUUCGUUACAAGCGUUGAUAGCAAUGAAAAAACAGCAUUAGAUAUGACUGCAAUGACUAACAGUUUGAAGAUAGUUGAGAUUACAUUCCAAGAAUUACAAACUAUCCAAACGAUCAAAGAUAUUAUAGCCACAGCACAAGAUUAUGGAGCAUUAGAUGUCUACGAUUCUCUGAAAAACAAAUGUUUGAUGAUAGGUCUCUAA